AUGGUGCACGUGGAUUUGCACGCCGUCACCCAGCCAGUGGGCAUCAUGCGGAUAAUGGCAGUGAUCCUCACCGGCAUGUGCUUCAUCCUGGUGGCGACGGUGGGACACGUCUCGUCUCCGUACUGGGCGUGGUGCAUGUUCACCUGGUGCUUCUGCUUCUUCUUCACGCUGGGCAUUGUCGUCCUGGAGUUCACCACCGUCAGCACCAGAGUGCCGUUCGCCUGGGAUGACUUCACCGCCGCCUUCGCCAUGCUGGCGGGCCUGCUGUGCCUGUCGGCCUCCAUCAUCUACCCCACCUUCUUCGCCUGCAAGGUGUGCCACCGGGCCAUCGGCGCCUCCGUGGUGUCCUGGGUGUGCUUCGGGGUGUACGUGGGCGAAGUGGUCAUAAUGCGCCUGCGUCCGAGCGGGCAGACCAGCGGCUUCCUGUCCACGCUGCCCGGCAUCAUGAAGAUGCUGGAGAUCUUCUUCGCCUGCCUCAUCUUCAUGUCCCUGGAGACGGGCCAGUACUCGAGCUCUCCGGGGCUGCAGUGGUGCAUCGCCGUCUACUCGCUGUGCUUCAUCUUCGCCCUCCUCAUCAUCCUGCUCACCCUCGGACAGCUGACCAUUUACUUCCCGUUCUCCUUCGACAUGUUGGCGAUCGUCUACAACGUUCUGGCGGCAGUGAUGUACACGACAGCGAUGGUGAUCUGGCCGCUGUACAGCUUCCGCAACAAUAAGAGACCCGGCGACUGCGGCUCGCUGUGUCCGUGGGACAAACUGGUGGUGGUCACCUUCAUGACCAUCUUCAACACUAUCGUGUACACCCUGGACACCGUCUACUCCAUACGCCUGGUGUUCUGUGUCAACAGAGAAUAA